CUAAAAACCAUUACUAUUUACUUAUAACUUUGUACACUAAAGAUAGAUUAUAUAUAUAUAAAUAUAAUUAUCUCCUUUUAUUGGCCUUUCUCCUCUCUUCAAUUCCAUAAAAUAUUCUUCAUCUUUUAACAAUGGUAGAUUAUCAAACUGUUUGCUGCAUGUGCGGCGACGUUGGUUUCUCCGAUAAAAUCUUCCGCUGCAACAAGUGCCGCCACCGCUUUCAACAUUCGUAUUGCAGUAAUUACUACAGUGAGUUCGCUGAGCCGAUUGAACUGUGUGAUUGGUGUCGAAGCGAAGAAAGAAACUCAAAGCAUGGAAGCUUUUCGAAGAAAUCACCGUUGAUGAACAGAAACGAAACCGGAAUCGUAAAUCGAUCUGAGUAUUCGGGUGAUAAAAUAAAGCAACACAACGAUGAUCAUCAACAUGAGCAUCAUCAUAGAGGGAAGAACGGUGGGACACCUUCUCCUAGGCCUACGACUCGCAGGUACAAGCUUCUUAAGGAUGUCAUGUGUUAAAAGAACCAAAUGUUUAUAAAGUUUUCAUUCGAUGUUUUUGCUUUUGAACAUGGACGCCGCCGAAAGGGGCGGCGCGGUGGAGGCCAUGGCCCCUUGGCUUUGUGAUAAUCCAAUAUUAUAUGGGUAUGAUAAAAUUACGCUUGUUUAAUUUCUAUUGAUGAUCAAA